UGCUCUGUGGCCUUCGCGGCGGCCUUCAUUCGCAAGCGACCGUGUCGCCGUGACUGACGUCACGGGCAUCGGCCUUCCCCAUUGGCCCAUUUCAAUAGUCGCGGGAUACUUGAACUGCACGAACAGCCGCCGCUCCGGCGGGCUGCUCGCUACAUCUUGGGGGCGUCUUUAGCCCUCCGCGCCCGAGAGUUCCUGCCUACGCCUUUCGCAGCCUCUUCGGAACUGCGCGAUCCCGAGAGAGCAGGCUGGCCCAGGCUGUGGCGGCUGGCUACGAUUGGAGCGUUUCUCGGUGGGGUCGGCGGGACGGAGUACACGCUGCUUGGCGCCGCAGGCUGAUCCCGCCGCAACCCCGGGAGCAGUGAUGUUGGGCAGCUCCGAGUCCGGUCCUGCGGCCCGCGAGGCGGGCUCAUCGCUGCUAACAUUGCAGCAUACGGCGCUCCAAGAGGACCAGGAGAAUAUCAACCCUGAGAAGGCGGUGCCCGCCCAGCAGCCACGGACCCGGGCGGGGCUGGCGGUACUGAAGGCCGGGAACCCGCGCGUUCCAGCGCCGCAGCAGAAGCCCAAAACACGACGGGUUGCUCCUCUUAAGGAUCUUCCUGUAAAUGAUGAACAUGUCACUGUUCCUCCCUGGAAAGCAAACAGUAAACAGCCUGCAUUUACCAUUCAUGUGGAUGAAGCAGAACAAGAGACUCAAAAGAGGCCAGCUGAAUCUAAAAAAACAGAACAUGAAAAUGUACUGGCUUUUAAUUCAGCUAUUACUUUACCUGGACCAAGAAAACCACUGGUACCUCUUGAUUAUCCAAUGGACGGUAGUUUUGAGUCACCGCAUACUAUGGAUAUUUCAAUUGUGUUAGAAGAUGAAAAGCCAUUGAGUGUCAAUGAAGUCCCAGACUACCAUGAGGACAUUCACACAUACCUUAGGGAAAUGGAGGUAAAAUGUAAGCCUAAAGUGGGUUACAUGAAGAAACAGCCAGACAUCACUAAUAGUAUGAGGGCUAUCCUUGUGGACUGGUUAGUUGAAGUAGGAGAAGAAUAUAAACUACAGAAUGAGACCCUGCACUUGGCUGUGAACUACAUUGAUAGGUUCCUUUCAUCGAUGUCUGUGUUGAGAGGAAAGCUUCAGCUUGUGGGCACUGCUGCUAUGCUGUUGGCCUCAAAGUUUGAAGAAAUAUACCCCCCAGAAGUAGCAGAGUUUGUGUACAUUACAGAUGAUACCUAUACCAAGAAACAGGUCCUGAGAAUGGAGCACCUAGUUUUGAAAGUGCUUGCUUUUGAUCUAGCUGCACCAACAGUAAAUCAGUUUCUUACUCAAUACUUUCUGCACCAGCAUUCUGCCAACUGCAAAGUUGAAAGUUUAGCAAUGUUUUUGGGAGAAUUAAGUCUCAUAGAUGCUGACCCCUAUCUAAAGUACCUGCCAUCAGUUAUAGCUGCAGCAGCUUUUCAUUUAGCACUCUACACAGUCACAGGACAGAGCUGGCCUGAAUCUUUAGUUCAAAAGACUGGAUAUACCUUGGAAAGUCUUAAGCCUUGUCUCAUGGACCUUCACCAGACCUACCUCAGAGCACCACAGCAUGCACAACAGUCAAUAAGAGAAAAAUAUAAAAGUUCAAAGUAUCAUGGUGUUUCUCUCCUCAACCCACCAGAGACACUAAAUGUUUAACAGUGAAAGACUGCUUUUGUUUUCUAAAAUGUAAAUCAUUCAAAGUAUAUGAUGUACAGUUUUGUAAGGUUUUAAUUUUACAAUCAUUUCUGAAUAGCGUUAUGGUCAAGUACAAAUUAUGGUAUCUAUUACUUUUUAAAUGGUUUUAAUUUGUAUAUCUUUUGUACAUGUAACUAUCUUAGAUAUUUGGCUAAUUUUAAGUGGUUUUGUUAAAGUAUUAAUAAUGCCAGCUGUCAGCACAGUAAGAAUAAGAACUAAUAAAUGGAUUUGGAAAAUUUGGUUUUUUGUAAGUCAAAUCUGAUUUGACUUUAUGAUAUCACUCUGAAGAAUUAUUUUGAUUUACUGUAGAAGGGAAUUGGGAAGGCUUCUGAAAUUGAAAAAUAGUUUUACAAAAACAGAUAAAAGUUUGAGCAUUCAUUUUUCCUAAGGAACUGGAUCAAUUUGGUGACUUGAGCAUAAUCUAAGCAUAUGUGGAAUAAAUCUGUACUUAUUUAUCA